ACCGGAAGCGCGGCCGAGCCCGUUGCCGUGACAGCGGGCCCGGGGUCGCCAUGGAGGCCGCGCUCACCGACAUGUAUGACCAGGCGCUGCUGGGCAUCCUGCAGCACGUCGGCAACGUGGAGGAGUUUCUGCGCGUCCUCUUCGGCUUCCUCUACCGCAAGACCGACUUCUACCGGCUCCUGCUGCGGCCCGGGGACCGCCUGGGCUUCCCGCCCGGCGCGGCACAGGCCAUGGCCCUGCAGGCAUUCCAAGUGUUUGAGCGGAUGGCCAGGCAGGAUGACGAGAAGAGGCGCCGGGAGCUGGAGGCAAAGCUGAGGAAGAAGGAGGAGGAGGAGGAGGCAGCUGCAGCUGCCGAGAGGGUGAAGCUGUGCCCUGCAGCUCAGGAGGUUGAGGUGGAGACAACGGAGCACAUCCCAGCACCAGAUGUCGGGGGAGCUGUGGGCACACAGGAAUCAGCUGCAGCCCAGGGUGCCGCAGCCCCCAGCUCUGUGUCGGUGGAGCCUCUGGGGGCUGCUGCCCCAGCAGAGCUGCUGACGAGACAGGAACAGUUCCAGACAAACCCUGACAGCUACAAUGGAGCUGUGCGAGAGAAUUACACCUGGUCCCAAGACUACAGCGACCUGGAAAUUAAAGUGCCUGUACCCAAGCACAUCGUCAAAGGCAAACAGGUGUCUGUGGAUAUCAGCAGUGGCACAAUUUGCGUAGCGGUGCUGGAGGGGAGCAGCCAGCAUGUCCUCAUGGAAGGGAAACUCACCCACAAGAUCAAUACGGAGAGUUCCCUGUGGAGCCUGGAGCCCGGGAAGUGCAUUUUGAUCAACCUGAACAAGGGGGAUGAGUACUGGUGGAAUGCUAUCCUGGAGGGCGAGGAGCAGAUCGACAUUGACAAGAUCAACAAAGAGCGCUCCAUGGCCACAGUGGAUGAGGAGGAGCAUGCUGUGCUCGACCGCCUCACCUUUGACUACCACCAGAAGCUGCAGGGCAAGCCCCAGAGCCACGAGCUGAAGGUGCACGAGAUGCUAAAGAAGGGCUGGGACACCGAGGGCUCCCCGUUCCGUGGCCAGAAGUUCGACCCCUCCAUGUUCAACAUCUCCCCUGGCGCCGUCCAGUUUUGACGGUGGCAAAAACAACUGAAAAAUGAAACAGGGAGAGGAGAAACCUCCCGGAUGCCCACUGGGACUCUCGCACUCCGUGCCGGUGCCCAUGACCCGCUGCUCCACGCUGCCAGCACCCAUCUGUGCGGGGAAGCCAGGCGCGGGCAGAUUUACAUCCUGUCACCACGGCAACCCGGGCGCCGAGACCCCUCUCCUCCCCUGCCUCCCCUUGCCUCGCGCUGCCGGCGCUCUGUGUUUUUCCGGAAUAGACGGAGCAUGUUGGGUGACAUAAUUAUUA